AUGGAAGAUUCAAAGCUUUCUCUUCUAUUUACUGAGUUUUUAUUGCAUGUGUUAAUGGCUUCGGUAGGGAUAAAUUAUGGACAGAUCACAAACAAUCUUCCUUCACCGGAGCAUGUGGUUCCGUUGGUAAAAGCCAUUGGUGCCACCAGAGUGAAACUCUAUGAUGCCGAUCCUAAGUGUUACUUACCGGCGACUAAAAUCACCUCCAUUGUUGUCGGAAAUGAAGUAUUGACAUGCAAUGAUACUUCUUUGUCUGGAUGUUUGCUUCCGGCGAUGCAGAGUGUACAUACUACUCUUGUGAAUUUGAAAUUAGACAGUCAGAUUUCCUCUCGAAAACAUGCUCUCUAUUCCUCCCUCAUCAAUGCUUAUCCGUUCUUCGCGUACAAAGCUGAUCUGAAGCAAGUUUCACUUGAUUUCGUUAUGUUUCAAAUUAUUGCUGGAAUCGUUGAUCCAUGUACCAAAUUGCAUUGCGAUAACAUGUUGUUCUCUCAGAUUGAUGCGUUCUAUGCGGCUAUAUCAUCGCUAGGUUACAAGAAGCUCCCGGUUCAGAUCUCGAAGACUGGAUGGCUGUCGAAAGGAGACGAAGAUGAAGUUGGAGCGUCACCGGAAAAUGAGAAGAAGUACAACGAAAAGAUUUGA